GAACUAGUAUGUUAACCAUUAUAAUAAUUUAGCAUUUAUCGUAAUUAAGAGAAGACAAUGUUUCAUUGAUGAGUUAAUAUAAAUCUUGUUACAGUCACGAGUCGUCGUAUAUCAUUGAGACCAAUCGAUUACGAUUGGAUUGCCACUGCCAAGGAACAUGUUGCGAAGUACAGAGAUUCCAAGGACGAAGAUGUAAUUGCUACCAUUGCUACCUUUUAGAUAAGUUUAGCAGACAUCUAUUUUGAAUGUGGAAAGAGUACCUGAAACAAAUAACACGAAUGCAAGCAACGUGCAAUUUAACACUAGAGGAUAUUAAACAACGGAUGAGCAGAAUGGAGGAUGCUUUGAGAAGCCGUGAUUCUGUUUCGACAAAUAACAGCGAUAGUCUUAUCGCAGAAAUUUUACCUUUAUGUACGGUUGAGAGCAUACAAAAUUUUGAUUCCUUCUUACGUGACACUGAUGAAGCAGUUAUGCAUUUCAAGAACUUUCUGUUAAAAAUUGGUGGAAACAAUCCUAAAGAUCAUCUUCAUCGCACUCUGACCAAAAUAUUUACAAAUGAGUGCGCGAUAAGUUGCUCUUGGAAAGGCAUUCGGAAUAACUUUAAAAUAUCAAACUUAUAUUUUAUUAAAAUUAUGAGAAGUAUGUUUUACGUGUUGUUAAUAUUAAUUGAACUGAAAUCUUCGUCUUUAUAUUAUUAAUUCUAUAUUAUUUUUUUCAGGAGAAAUUACUUUGCAACAUUCAACUUUAACAGAAGCUGAGUUUGACAGUAUAGUCGCAGAAUGGAUACGUUUCGCGAAACAGAAAACAGAGGGAAGAGAAAGGAAAACAAAAUGAAAAUGAGGAAGAAUAUAAUUAAUUUAUUAUAAAAGGUUCUCUACCUUUUGUUUCCAUCCUUUUAUUUCUCUAAUUAGAAAGAUUUCAGUAUUGUUGAUUUUGUUUUACUUUUAUUUCCCUAAUU